AUGGUUCCUUUCAAAGCAAUCCUCACCUUCGCCCUGAUUAGCGCUGCGGUUGCAAACCCCGUUGAACAACCUGCCGCUGUGGAAAACCCCCUUGAGAAGCGUGACACUAUCGUCCAGUGCCAUAACGUGGCUCUCCGCGCCGAUCAGCAGAGGAUCAGUGUUGACAACGCCAAAUGGCAGCUUGGCCACGCUCCUAUCGAGACCGGCAAAUCUGGCUACCCUCACGACUUCCAGAACCUGCAAAAACUCCCAAUGCCCCAAGGUUGCAAAAACAAAGCUCUCCGCGAGUAUCCCGUCUUUAUGGAGCAGCAUAAACUUUACGACUAUGAUUCUCGCCCCAAGAUGAACCCAGGCCCCUUCCGUGUCAUUGCUACUAAGGAGACCCGGCUCUUCUGCGUCAUCAUCUCCCACGACGGACAGGGCACGAAUCCAAACGCUGGAAACUUCCACCUUUGCACCUGA